CUUAAAGAUGCCUUGUUGCAAGCGAACUGAGAUACGCAGAACUUGCCGGCCCCAGCCUUCGUUCUUAUCGCGACUCAAUUGCCCACAAUGCAAUCGUGUGCUAUUCUUUGUGAUCGGUGUGGGUCUUGGUGUUGUCUGGGUGCGCAAUAAGGACAAUAAGGGCCAGGAACCUCCCAAGGACGAUGGCGCUGACAAGAAAAAGAAGUAGACAAUCGAUUUAAAGGAUCCAUCCACGAACAGUGAGCAGAAGCGGCAGCGGAAGCGGAAGCAGCAGCAGCAGUAGCCGUAACCGAAGACGCGGAUCAGUUCAGUUCAGUUUAAUUCAGUCCAGUCCAGGCCAGUCUCAAUGUGAGGUUGGUGGGUUGUGCAUGCGAGUCGAUGCUACUAGGGAAGAAUACGCCAAGCUGCUUUGGUGGCAACGUCUUUAAUGCGCUAAAUCAUCGGCACAUUGGGACUUCCAGGGAGACCGAACCGAACCCUCUAACGAAAAGAAAAGAUGGAAGGAAGGAAGGAAGGAAGGAAGGACCGCAUCCACAAAAAGUGGCACCAAUGGAAGGCAGCAUAGAAAGAUGGAAGGAAUCACGUAUUCCCCAUGUAUUCUUUCCCUCUUCUUUUUCUACCAUUAAAUGCAACUACAAAAAAAAUAUCAAA